UUAGCUUGAUCUGAACAUUUGCAGCUGGAAUUUACUACCAGCGUCCGCGGCAGUUUAGGACGAGAGACACCGCCUAACCGUUGAGGUCAAGCACUUGGGUUAUCCUUGCACGUUUACUUCUCUUUCGGCGAGUUUUACGUCCCACGCGAAAAUGUCGGAUAAGAAAGCUGACGAAGCCGCAAAUGAGUCCUCCAUCCCUUUGACGGUUGGUGGAGAAGAGACGAAACUGGAAGAGCCUCAUCAAGAUGUCAACAUCGAUCUGUUUGAUAGAGAUCCUAAUCUGCUGAAUGAUAACUGCAAGGUUCGUUUUGAGGACAUUAUUGCAGAACCGGACGACUCAGUAUACAGCUUUGACAAGGUCUGGAUCCUGAGCCACAAGGUUUUCCAUGGGGCAAAGCUCUGGUGUUACCGCAUCUUCUCCCUGGUGCUCGGUCUCCCAUUGGCCUGCUGCUGGGGUGUCUACUUCGCCUGCCUGUCUUUCUGUAACAUUUGGUGCUGGAUCCCCGCGCUGAAGGCAUACGACAUUGAGAUGGGCUGCGUGCGCAGAGCCUGGUCAACAUACCUUGGGGCCAUCGUGGCACCGUGUUUUGAAGCCGUUGGCAAGAUAUUGUCUGGUAUUAGAGUCACACACAUCAACCAGAACUGAUAGGGGCGUGCAAUCGAAUACUCCUCUGGGAUGAUUUCAUUAAUUUUGUAGAAACGAUGUCUAGAAGCCACGUUGUAUACCACACAUUCUGUAGUGACAAUUGGCAUUGAAAGCUCUAAGACAAAUUUCUCUAGAUACAUGCAGGGAAUUGUGUUAGUUUGAUAGUGACAUAAAACGUUUAUGUCUUUGAGAGUGGUAUUUUAGAAAAUGUAUCUUACAGAUAUCUCAUAAAAUAAAUGAUAGUAUAUUUUGGCU